AUGUGGGACAUUACAGAACCUUUCCAGUCCCCUCAGGCUGGUGAGGAGGCCUUGAUGUAUCUGACAAGGCACCAUGAGGGGCUGGCAGUGAACAAGUGUGCCCAAGCUGUCAUCUUCUGCAAACUUCUCCACGACUACAGUGUGAACAUGUCACUGGGAGGACUGGGGAAGGCGGCUGGUCUCUCAGCCCUGCAGAAGCAGGGACUCGCGUGCUUUUACAACAACAAUCAGCUGGUGGCCUGGGUGGACAUCGUGUUCCUCUGCUGCCUUCCCUCGCACAUGUCGUCCAUCUGCUCUGUCGUUCGGCCUGCCAUCCAGAAACCCUGCAUUGUGUACAGCCUCAUCACUGCCAUCCCUCUUCUCAGGUUGCAGCAACUCCUUUGCUGCAGUGCCACCGUGAGGCCGCAGUACCAGCGCUCUGCCCCGGAGCUAUCGACGGGGCAGGGGGGGGAAGGGGCAGCGGGGGUGCCAGACCCUGCUGCUGUGCAGGCACCGUGUCCCUGCAGCUCCCGAGGGAAAAUAAGAGUCAACGCUGAAUGGCUGGUGGCCAUUUUCUAUGCAGUCCUGAACAGCAGCACAUAGCAGCCUCACCAGAAGGCACCAAAAUUACUCAGUGACCUGGUUUCCUGAACGCUGCCCCUCUGUGCAGAGCAGAAAACUUCCUGCCCACAGUUUGUGUGCAAGAGUUUUGUCAGCAAAGGUUUUGUCUCUUCAGUGACUCAAGAGGAAACCUUCCCUUUGUUUGACCUGACAGCUGCACCUAGAGAGUCUCCCUUUAGUCAGCUGCUAGAAAAGAGUGAGCUUGUCCAGUGCCAUCUUGCUCUACUAUACCAGGCAUCCUUUGGAGACAGAUCUACAAAGCAACGUGGGCUGAUCAGCACCAAGACAUCUCUUACUUCAGCUGUAGCAGAGUCUGGCAUGACGCUGGACAAGUCGUCUCCAUUCUAGACAGCUGCUUCCGACAUUUUCUGAGAAAUUCCAGAGGAAACUACUGACUAUGAUUCUAAAUCCUCAUAA